AUGUCUUUCUCAACUCUUGUUUCAGACCUUGCAUUCAGGGACAGCCACGAUGAUAGAAACUCCCAGAUAUCCCAUUUACAGUCUCAUGUCACACCCAGAUCAUAUGCAAGCACUGCUGCCACAAGUGUCAGCAUAUCUGGUGAUAUUUCAAGUCAACUUCAUGCUGGCUAUAGCCAUCCAUUGACCAGAUCAUGGCAAGCUGAAAGACAACUGACAAAGGUUCUGGCGCAUCUGAUUUGUAUCCAGGAGAUGUUAAUCUAUCCGCUUUUCAUCACGGACAAUCCUGAUGAGGAGACACCCAUCCCAUCCUUGCCUAAUCAAUAUCGUCGCGGCCUGAACCGCCUUGUUCCCUUCCUCAAGCCACUUGUCCAAAAGGGACUACGCUCAGUCAUUCUCUUUGGAGUUCCGCUUCACCCAUCCGCGAAGGAUGCUCUGGGAACCACUGCGGAUGAUCCUUCUGGUCCAGUGAUUCAAGCGAUCCGUCUUAUCAGAUCCCGGCUUCCUCAGCUUUAUAUUGUAACAGAUGUUUGUCUUUGCGAAUACACCUCUCAUGGCCAUUGCGGUAUCUUGCGGGAGGAUGGAACGCUUGACAAUGCCCAGUCUGUUGAUCGGAUUUCAGAUGUUGCUCUGGCGUAUGCUGCUGCUGGUGCGCACUGUGUUGCUCCUUCUGAUAUGAAUGAUGGGAGAGUUCGUGCUAUCAAACUCAAAUUAAUCGAAGCUGGGUUGGCGCACCGUGUUCUCCUCAUGUCGUACAGUGCGAAGUUCAGUGGUUGCCUGUACGGACCGUUUCGUGAUGCCGCUGGCUCUUGCCCCUCGUUUGGGGACCGCAGAUGUUAUCAGCUCCCACCCGGUGGUCGGGGUCUUGCGCGGCGCGCCAUACAGCGAGAUAUAGGCGAAGGCGCUGAUAUAAUCAUGGUGAAGCCUGCGAGCAGCUAUCUGGAUAUUAUCAGGGAUGCAAAGGAGCUCGCAAAGGACAUGCCAAUUGCAGCGUAUCAGGUUAGUGGCGAGUAUGCCAUGAUACAUGCUGGUGCCAAGGCUGGAGUAUUCGAUCUGAAGUCAAUGGCAUUUGAAAGUACAGAAGGGAUACUGAGGGCCGGGGCUGGAAUUGUCGUGAGUUAUUUCGUGCCGGAAUUUCUGGACUGGCUUUAA